AUGGAACAAUUAAAAGCAUUGGUGAAAAGCCGUGCCAGACUCAAGGGCAACAUCACACGUUGUCUCUCAUGGGCUGAGCAAGCGGAAUCUGCAACACAGGCGGAGAUCUCCACGCGCAUACAACUUCUCCACGAUGUUUGGAAGGAGUUCAACCAGUUCGGCGAUUGCAUUGCUCUCCACGAGGAGGUAGAAGGUUACGUCGAUCCGGAGAUUGAUAACGCAAUUUACGAAGAAAAGUACCUAAGGGCGAACGCAAUUCUCAAGGACAGAAGUGAUGCUCUACAACCGAGUACAUCUACAGGCAUUGUGAAUGGCAGCAACGGUCUGCACUCCAACGGCGACGCAAUUGUAAAUUUGCUACAACAAAACCAACAACUAUUUGAGCGACUGGCUGCAAAUCAGGCUCAUUCGAGCACGCCGGUUCAUGUUGGUGGUGACGUCUCUUUGACGAAUUCAAGUUCGGUACAUGCGGCGAAUUCCAAUCUGAGUGAAUUGCCGAAAAUUCAAAUCAAACGGUUCUCUGGCAACUACACAGAGUGGCCCUCUUUUCAAGACAUUUAUGAAAGCACAAUUCAUAACAAGCAACAUUUGUCCAACACACAGAAGUUUCAUCACUUGAAAACACUUAUUGUUGAUGAGGCUGCCAACUUGGUACGGCACUUGGCCAUUACGGAUACAGCUUACAACACCGCUUGGGAACGUCUGAAGGAAAGGUACAAUCGUCCACGGCACAUUGUAAACUCAUUUUUGGAGCAGUUUAUGAGCCUGCCAACAACUACAAAGGUAGAUGCAUCAAUUCUACGGAAGGUGUCAGACGGAGCAAACGAAAUUAUUCGCGGAUUGGAUGCAGUCAACCAGAUGGGACGCGAUUGCUGGAUCAUCUAUCUGGCCCUGGAGAAACUUGACGCCGACACGCGGCGUAGGUGGAUUGAGCGCAGCAUGGACACAGAUUCCCCCACUCUCGAGGAAUUCUUCAAAUUUCUGGAUUCUCGUUGCGAGGAACUGGAACUGAGUAAAAGGGAGCUUGCGACUGGUAGCAAGACAACAACACAUGCAGAAAAACCAAAAAGGGUCACACAAUCGAUGGUUGCGGUCGAAGGCAGUGGCUGCAUCAAAUGUAAUUCAACAGAACACACUCUGUAUAACUGUCAGCUGUUCUUGGAUAUGUCGUCGAUGCAGAGGCGAUCCUUUGUAAAAGAGAAAUCACUAUGCUACAACUGCUUGCGACCUGGUCAUGGAGUCAGCAAGUGCAAGUCGACAUACAAAUGUAGGCAAUGCAGGGGAAAUCAUCACUCCCUUCUACAUGUCCAAGCGAAUACACAGGCUAUUGGGAAUCUUGCCCAGAUAGCAGGGGAGGACGAGCGAAACACAGGUGCGUCCAACAACACUACGGUGACUCUCAGUCAUUUCGCCCAAGGAGAGGGCACUCAAUCGGUUGUAUGUGCACAGGGCACUGCAAAAUCUGCACAGGAAACGGAAAUUAAGAGAAGCAUAUUACCAACUGCCAUGGUUUAUGUUAAAAACGCAAAAGGUGACCACGUAACAUGCCGUCUCUUAUUGGACACCGGCUCAGAGCUUUCGUACGUAUCCGAGCGUUGCAUUCAAGCUCUCGGAUUGACACGUUCGGCAUCACGCAUCUUGGUCACGGGAAUCUCUUCGGUGAAAGCAGACACGACAAGGGGAUGCAGCACCUUGCAUAUCAAGUCACGUAUCUCCGAGGAUCAUUUGGUUGUCUACGCCCACGUGCUAGGCAGAAUUACUUCUUCGCUGGAACGCCAAAACAUCGAUGCAUCUGCACUCGAGGCAUUCAAGGAUCUGCAGUUGGCGGAUACAGAAUUCAACACAAAAUCACCUGUUGACAUUCUAUUGGGAAGCGAACACGUAUGGUCGGUGUUUACAGGACGAAAGAUGUACGACAACAAGGGUAAUCUUAUCGCCAUUUCUUCGGUGUUCGGAUGGGUAAUAACCUCACUCAUCACAUCAAAUCCAAGCAACGCUAUUGCACUGACUACAACGGUAGACAUAGGCGCCACGCUUCAGAAGUUUUGGCAAUUGGAAAACGUUCAAAGCAGCCCAAAAUUGGAUCCGGAGGAUGAUCAGGUCGAGAAGCACUUUCUCGCCACUCACAGUCGCGAUGAAAACGGGAAGUAUAUCGUGGAUCUUCCAUUCAACACUGAAAGCCCCGAUUUCGGAGAAACUCUACAAGGAGCGCUCAAACGCUUUAAAUCGGUUGAGCGGCGGCUGCAACAGAACGAGCAGCUGCGUACACAGUACGUAUACUUUAUGCGGGAAUACACAAAUCUGGGGCACAUGCGAGAGGUGCCACCUGAAGAAAACGCUACUGGAAAUCAGUUUUAUCUACCACACCACCCAGUUCUGGGUCGGAAGCUACGAGUAGUUUUCGAUGGAUCGUUUCGUGACGCCAAUGGUAAGGCUUUAAAUGACACCCUGUUUACAGGUCCCAGUAUCCAGCGCGAUCUAUUCGCUGUGUGCCUUCGUUUUCGAAUGUACAAAUUUGCAUUCUCAGCGGAUAUCGUAAAAAUGUUCCGCCAGAUAUGGGUCAACGAAAAGCACAGAAACUUCCAGAAAAUCGUUUGGAGAGAAGAUCCAUCCGAUUCCAUCAAGCACUUCCAAUUGUGCACUGUAACCUACGGAACUUCAUGCGCACCAUUCCUGGCCGUGCGAGUGCUGGAACAACUUGCUGUAGAUCAUCAAGAGGAAUACCCAAAUGCGUCGAAAAUCCUGCUGGAGGAUUUCUAUGUAGAUGACGUUCUUACUGGGUCAAACAGUGAGGAUGAGCUACUUCGGAACCGAAACGAGCUGAUUCAACUGAUGUCUCGUGCAAAUCUUGAACUCGGGAAAUGGGUAUCCAAUACACCAUGUAUACAAACGGAUGAUAGCGACACACAACCUGCACAAACGUCACCAGUAAAGGUUCUCGGACUGUACUGGCAUCCUGGAAAAGACAUUCUAACGUACAAUGUCGGUCUAGCUAAAAAUCCUGAUUGCACAAAGAGACAAGUCUUGUCCGACGUCUCGAGGAUAUUUGAUCCUCUCGGACUCUUGGCACCCAUUGUAAUCCAAUUCAAAAUCCUGUUCCAAAAGCUAUGGCUCUUGAAUUUGGAUUGGGAUGACCCACUCCCAACUAAACUGGCGGACAACUGGCUAAAGUGGAGAGCAGAUCUGGACAAUCUUCAAACAUUUCAACUACCACGAUUUGUCGCCAACGACCCGGACAACAUCGAACUCCACGGAUUUUCGGAUGCGUCAACCAAGGCAUAUGCUGCUGUGGUGUACAGCAGAGUCACGAAUGACGAUGGCUCCAUCUCGGUAUCCAUUGUGGCUGCGAAAACAAGGGUGGCUCCACUGAAACAACAAUCCUUGCCACGUCUAGAACUUUGCGCAGCACUUCUCCUUAGCCAACUGAUUCGCUCGAUCACAUAUGCUUUGCGCCACAAAAACAUAACUGUUUUUGGCUGGUCCGACUCUUCAAUAGUGCUCACCUGGUUAUCGUAUACGCCAGCCCAACUCAAGACAUUUGUUGGAAACAGAACCUCGGAAAUCCUUGACACUAUUCCAAGGAGUGCUUGGCAUCACGUAGAUUCCAAAACAAACCCAGCGGACUGUGCGUCCAGGGGACUGAUGGCUGCUGAUCUCAUCGACUUCCAUUUGUGGUGGAAUGGGCCUUUAUGGCUACGGGACAAGGUGCAGUAUCUGGUAAAGUUAAACGACUCACGUUUCGGUUUAUCUCUUACAGACAAACGCAUUCAAGGAGAAGUCAAAUCCAACUGUUUGGCCACACUGGCUGAAGCAACCCCGGUUCAUCCAUUUGAUGAACUAACCGAGCGAGUGUCUUCUUGGAUCAAGCUCGUCCAUAUUGUCGGCUACGUGAAGCGGUUUAUUCAACGUACACGAAACCGAACUCCCAAAAGGGUAUCUAGCGCUCUCACAUUUGACGAGAUUAAGGAGGCAAGGAUUCUGUGCAUAAAACAAGCCCAAGGUUGUUUCAAAGACGAUUACCAAUUGCUCCUCGGUAAAAAACCUUUAAGGAACCGAUCACAGCUGAUCAAACUGGCACCCAUAAUCGACGAAAACGAUUUGCUGAGGGUAGGUGGACGACUGCACCAAUCGCAGUUGUCAAACGAUGCAAAACACCCAGUAUUGCUACCAAAAACACACCGCAUCUCAAAGCUGAUUCUGGAACACGAGCACCGAGUGAACCUCCACCCUGGCGUUUCCUCACUUUUUGUUAUUGUUCGGCAAAAAUUCUGGAUAUUUGGAGCACGUAAUCUAAUUCGCAAAAUAACCCACGACUGUUUAGCUUGCUUUCGUCAACGCUACCACACAUCCCAGCAACAAAUGGCUGAUUUACCCAGCGUACGCAUUACACAAGCGCUUCCAUUUAUAUAUACUGGUUGCGACUAUGCAGGUCCAAUACUUCUGAAGGAUGCAAAGGUUCGGAAGCCACGUAUCAGCAAGGGUUACAUAUGCCUAUUUGUUUGCAUGGUCACCUCGGCCAUCCACCUGGAACUUGCCACAGAUUUGACGACAGAAACCUUCUUGGCUGCCUUGCGGCGCUUUAUAUCGGUACGUGGCAAGUGCAGUAAGAUCUACAGUGACAAUGGCACAAAUUUUAUUGGAGCUAAGCGAUCCCUCGACGAGAUGCAAGAAUUGCUUUCUUCACAGACACACAAGGACACCGUGUCUAGCACACUAGCGGAUGAUGGUAUCCAAUGGGUAUUUAUUCCCCCGAGAGCCCCUCACUGGGGAGGGAAAUGGGAGUCGGCAGUUCGUUGUGUCAAGCUGCAUCUUCGCAGAAUUACCGGAAACUCAACGCUCACCUUUGAACAGAUGCGCACACUUCUUGCUCAAAUAAGCGCAGUGAUAAAUUCACGCCCCUUGUGCUACACACCGGAUACGGAAACCAACUACCUAUCCCCAGCUCACUUCUUAAUUGGGCGACCAUUAACAACAGUACCAGAUCCCGAUUUGAGUCACAUCCCAGUGGGCCGAUUAGGAUAUUGGCAAAGCAUCCAGUCUAUGCUUCAAGGAUUCUGGAGAAAAUGGCAUCAGGAGUAUCUGACUACUCUGCAGCAACGUCCAAAAUGGACUACUUCAACACCCAACAUCUCGACCGGUGAUGUUGUGCUCGUAAAAGAGUCCAAUUCACCACCGGCAUCUUGGCACAUCGCUCGGGUUAUGGAAACCUAUCCAGGGAAGGACAACCUCGUUCGAGCAGUCAAAUUGAAGACCCCGACAGGAGAGAUGAUCAGACCCAUCACGAAAGUUGCUGUAUUGCCCCAUUCAGAAACUGUGUUUCAGGGCGGGCCGGGAUGUUCGUGA